UCGCUGGCACUGCACUCCACUGCACCUGACCUAAAUGUUGCCGCAAGGAGUGAACUGAAACGUCUUUUUCCUUCUCUCUGAUACUCUGGUCAGGGGGAGGAAUCCACAACACAAAGCUCCUCUCCAGUUUCCACACACACUCUCCUCUUGCUCCUACACCAGGGGUAGCUUUUCAAGCUCUCUCUCUCUCUCUCUCUCUCUCUCUCUCUCUCUCUCUCUCUCUCUCUCACACCCUAGGGAGCUCUCAUCUGGAGCCGAGCCGCGCGGUUGGAGCGCGCUGCCCUUCGCAGCCCGCAGGCAAUGUCGGCGUUCAUGCCCCCCGCGCUGCCGGCGCCAACCCCGCCGGCGCUCACGGUGCCGGUGGCGUACGGCGUCGGAGGCGCGCCCGAGGGGGCGGUGACGGGGAGAGGGUCGUACGGCCCGGUGAUCGCCAUGCUGGCCGUCGUGGCCGUGCUGGCGGCGGCGGCGCUGGCCGUGGGGCGUCUCUGCUUCGGGCGCCGCGCGCUCGGCCAGGCCGGCGGCGGCCACGACCUGGAGGCCUGGGUGGAGCGCACGUGCGGCCACUGCGUCGGCGCCGCCAUGCUCGACCAAGUGAAGGAGGAGGAAGGCGGCGGCAGUGGGGACGCCGCGGCGGCGACGGCGGAGGCGGAGCCGCCGCCGCCGGAAGGAACGGAGCGAGGAGAGGGCAUCAGCAUCGCGUCCUGAGGAUAAGCCUUGUAAAUUGUUUCCUCAGACAUGAAACAUGUCUUGGAGUUCUUGUCGGGAUUUUUUUGGAAUCCUAAUCUGUAGAAAUGCAUGUCUCUGUUUACUUGGAGGCUAGCUCAUGAAUUCUGCUGAUGCUGUCGGAGAUGCGGCGAUAUGUGUGUGGGGUGCAAAGCGGAGUGGAUUUGAUGUCUGAUUUAACACGCUCCGUAACUCAUUGUUCCUUCUCCUUUUUUCUUUGAGAGCGCUCC